AACCUUCAACAACUAUUGAUAUUGGAAUUCAGGUAGAAGUAGAUAAUACGAAUAGUGAUCUUUUAAUGCAAAUCGGAAUUUUAAAAAAUUCUCUUAAUGUUCUUGCAACUGAAAAUUCUAAACAAUCACAAAUUAUUGAAAUUAAAAAUAAUAAAAUUUAUGAAUUAGAAUAUGAAUGCGAAUAUCUUAAAAAACAAAUUGCCGAUUUUAAUCUUAGAUUAGAAA